AUGUGCCCGUUCCUCUUCAGCCUGAAGACUCGAAAGAUGCUCCUGAAGUACACUGCAUUUGGACCAUCCUUUGCUGUGCAUUGGACGCAGGAGAGCAAAGUCGGAUCUUUUUUGAAGCGGCGCGCAACGGUGCAGACAGAGCUGAAUGCACAGACCGAUCCAAGAAAGAUGCAGGAGCUGUCGCAGGAGCUGUCCAACAUCGAGGAGCAUGUCGUGAGGUCGAACUUCUGGCUCGGAACUUUGCAGAGCACGCUGGUCCGUCUGCAGAAGGGUGAAGAAUUCCUACGCCAAUCCGAUGUUGCAAUGGGCUUCCUUGCAAAUGCCAGCAAGCUGUUGGAGGUGCAGUUCGAAGGUGAGACAGGCUUCGGAGUGGCCGUGACGCAGUCAUUCUACGUGGAGGUCGCGCAGGCUCUACAAGAGCGCGCCAUGAAUGCCUCUGUUCCCUUGUGGGUUGAAGACGAUGACUCAAGCGGGAGCCAGCAGCACUUGUUGUGCCGCAAAGGCUUGCUGCUGAAGCCUCUCACCUCAGGGCCUCAAAGGGAUGCGGCAGUUGAGCGCUUCCGAUUCUUAGGCCGACUGAUGGGACAGGCACUGCGUGAGGGCUUCAUUGUGCCCCUGCCACUUGCAGACGAGUUUUUCGCAUUGGUCCUUGGAGAGAAGCUCGGGCCAGACAGUCUGCCCAGACCUGGCAACGGUGUAGCUGGUGAGCUGCUGGGUGCCCUCGCGGAUUUCGCCGAAGACCUGAGGGCUGGAGAGGCAUCUCAGAAGGAGCGCGGCAGCUCUCCGGAGCAGAUCCAGGCAUGGAAGAACGCUCAGGCUGAUCGCAAAGACUUCGCUGAACGCUUCCUUUCGCCCAGUGAUCGACCGGAUAUGACUCCGACACAAGAGCCGAUGUCUUUCAACGAGUACACGAGCUUGGCUGGAGUUUGUUUCUUGGAAACCGGCCUGAGUGGUGCAGCCCUGUGUCCAGAUGGGGAUAACAUCCUCGUCACAGUGGACAAUGUGGCCACCUUCGUCGAACAGGCCACCCACUUUUGGUUUGAUGCAGGUGUGAGGGAUCAGGUGGACGCCUUCCGUUCCGGUUUGAACGACGUCUUCCCCUUUCCAUGCCUGCAGGCGUUCGCACGUUCAGAACUUCGAGAGAUGUUUUGCGGUGAGGACAGAAUUGACUGGGAUGAGCAAGCGCUGCUCAACCACAUCCACCCAACGGGUGGAUUGAACGACAAGUCACCAGCUUACAGAUUCUUAGUGGCCGUCCUCUUGGAGUUGAACCAGGCAGACAGGUCCAGAUUCUUGGACUUUGUUUCCUCGUGUCCUCGCCUUCCUCCAGGCGGCAUUGCAAAGUUCCACGUGGACGUUUUCCCUGAUACAAGCGCCUCACGGCAAGCCUUUCCCCGUUCACGAGCAUGUGCCAAUCAGCUGUACCUGCCGCCAUACACCUCCAAAGAGGAGCUGCAGGCAAGGCUGCACGAGGCCAUGUACUGCUCGGUCCUGUCCUCGGAAAUCACCCGACAGUCCCAGAAUCCAUUCAUCGCGGUUCGGAUGAUGCAUGAUGAUGUGGGUUUGGAACGGCGAAGUUGGGACAGUCAGUUCUGCACGCUAAUUCAUGGCAGCUAG